ACUGAAUUAGGGGUAUUGUCCGGUGAUAAUCCGGUUCUACAACAUGGCGGCUACUUCGACCUUCAAAGAUGUUCCCGUCGUUCUAACAGAUCAUGUUUUCUUUGUCAAUCAGAUGUACAAUAAUGACCAGCAUCCCAAGAAAGUCAACAUGGGAAUAGGAGCCUAUCGCGACAAUGAUGGAAAUCCAAUGGUAUUACCAGUGGUUCAGAAUGUUGAAAAGCGACUAGCUGAGGAAAUUGCAUCGAAGUUGCUAAACCAUGAAUAUUUAUCGAUCGAUGGUCUCAAGUCCUUUUGUGAGGCAGCCAGUAGACUACUUUUGGGAAAUGACAGCCCUGCUCUGGCAGAGAAUAGGGUUUGUUCAGCUCAAGCAAUUUCUGGCACAGGAAGUCUUCGUCUUGCCAUGGAGUUCAUGAAGAAAUUCUACCAUUCAGAAGUAAUCUUUGUCUCCAAUCCUACAUGGGGAAACCACAAGAAAAUGCUUUUAGCCACUGGUUACAAGGCUGAAAACAUCAAGGAGUAUCGUUACUUUGAUAAAGCAACAAAAGGCUUGGAUUUCCAGGGCAUGUGGGAAGAUUUAGAGAAUGCUCCAGAUAGCUCAAUAAUCCUGCUUCAUGCUUGUGCACACAAUCCAACCGGAGUAGAUCCCAACCAGGAACAGUGGGAAAAGAUUGCUGAAAUAAUGAAGAGAAAAAACCUGUUUCCUUUGUUUGAUAUGGCCUACCAAGGAUUUGUGUCAGGUGAUCCUGACGAGGAUGCUUGGGCAGUACGCCACUUUGUUAGUGAAGGAUUUGAACUGAUUGUUGGUCAAUCAUUUGCUAAGAACUUUGGAUUAUACAAUGAAAGGGCAGGUCAUACAUGUGUAGUGACAACAGAUAAUGAGACAGCUGAGCGUGUCCGCAGCCAACUGAAGGCAAUCAUCCGUCCAAUGUGGUCCAAUCCACCCAAUCACGGUGCACGAAUUGUGGCAACCAUACUGAAUAACCCAGCCCAGGCUGCUGAAUGGCGUGAAACUUUAAAGACGAUGGCUGGACGUAUUUUAGAGUGUCGAAAUUUACUUUACAACAAGCUGAAGGAACUUGGAACACCAGGCACAUGGAACCAUAUUGUGGAACAGAAGGGAAUGUUUGGAUUUACAGGAUUGAGUGUUAAACAAGUGGAAUUCUUAGCCAAGUCUUACCACAUCUACCUGCUCAACAGCGGACGGGUAAACAUCUGUGGGAUCACUCGCCAGAAUGUGCACUACAUCGCCGAGGCGAUUCAUGAAGCUGUCACCACAGUUACCGAGUGAUCACCUUUAUUGUUUUUGGGUGCUGGUUCUUCGUUGAUUUUGUGACAGGUAAUCUGUGUGAAACGUGCGUGCGUGCGUGCGUGCGUGUGUGCCGUUACAUCACUCACGCCGGUGUGAAGUCGCACGAGAUGUAUUCGCGUGAAUGGAGAAAGCUUUCAGUCGUCUCAUUAUCUAACGAUUUGCGAUCGAUCUACAAUCUUUGUGUUCUACCAGAGACAAUCAGAAACUCUGAGAUACGAUUUGAUUCCUUUUAUUUUUAAUCGUCUGGUCAGAUAUUGUGGCUAAAAUUAUAUACAAAGGAGGGUCUCAUUUUUAUUAAUAUGUCCUAUAUAUUUGGUGAAAAAUCAAUAAACCUAUUGGCGUCAAUGCAAA